AUGAACGGCAUGGCAUUGGUUCUGGACUGUUUGAUCAGUUUCCUUCGGAAAGAUGAAUUGACAACAAACGAAACCGAACAAAACUGGUUGGACAUCGUCGCUCGGUUCACGCAGAAAGUGCGGACAUUGGAAACGAUCGACUGCCAUCAGGUUAUUAUGCACGUGGUUGUUCCGUUCGCGAACACUUGUCCCCGGAUUUGUCUGAGAUUGCUUGAACUGUUGUUCAGCCGCGAGCAAACGUAUUGCAAGAAUGCCUGCGAACAGGUGACUGCACAUAGCGAAACGGUGUUCUUGCCGCUGAUGAAUACGAUCUACGAUCUCUUCGUCUGGGCGUUUCAAGAUCAGUCGGAACAGCGUUCAGAACUAGUGAAUAUGGUCUUAAGCGCAGUGGAUGGAAUUCAGUACAUCGAUAACGUGGAAAUAAGUCCGGAAGAUGCAUCGUCUAUGAAGCGGAAAUUGACAUCACUUCCGUUGCAUAUUCAAGCAUACCUAAUUUUUAGUAUGUUAAAAUUCUGUUCUGACGGUAAUCUCUCGUUUCCGGUUCCGGAAUGCCUUACAAAUGCCUAUCGACUUUCUCGUGAUAUUUUCGACGCCGUCCCAUGUCACCAUGAAAUUGAGUCCGACCCGAAUAUUUUAUGCAUCAUACGAUCAACCCUAAGACUGUCGGCAUUCAACGUGGACUUGCUGCGACACUUUUUGAAGAACUGUGACCUAGAUUUUCUGGUGAAUGCAGUCGAAACGGAUUGGCAGUCGUUGAGAUCCGUUCUGAUGCGCUACUUUUUUGAUUCACUGGCACCUCAAAACAUAGAAACAUGGAAAAAGGUUCUCAGUGGAGUCAUGCUUCUUUUCACUAGCCUUAGAGAAGCGGCAGCUUCGUUACACGAUCGAACACCUCAACAGCAAACGAAAAUAUUUGCAUUGGAACUCCUUGCACCGGUAACUUAA